AUUCGGACCCAUAUUAAAACCCACCACCCAAUCCCACCACCUCUCUUCCUCCAUUUCUUGUUCUCAUCAAUCUCUUUCUUUUUCUUUCUCUCUCUCUCUCUCUCUCUCUCUCACUACCACACUCCCUGCAACUACUCCACCGCCAUGGACGCCGGCUUCAACCGCCACCGCCACCGCUUCGUUAACGAGCUCGACGACUCCGACAAUUCCGCCGGAAACAGCGGGGGAGAUUCCCCGCGCUCCGCCGUCUCUACUGACACCAAGAUCGCUUCCACAUCCUCUUCCAAAAGAAGUAGGAGAGCCAUACAGAAAAGAGUGGUGUCAGUGCCAAUCAAGGACGUGGAAGGAUUAAGGCAGAAGGGUGAUCAGAUUAGCGCUCCGCCGUCCGAUUCUUGGGCCUGGAGGAAGUACGGCCAAAAGCCCAUCAAAGGCUCCCCAUAUCCAAGAGGAUAUUAUAGGUGCAGUAGCUCCAAAGGCUGCCCAGCAAGAAAACAAGUGGAGAGGAGUCGAUUGGACCCUAAAAUGUUAGUGGUGACCUAUUAUUGCGAGCACAACCACAAUUGGCCGGUAUCCAAGAGCAGCCACCACAAAACCGCCGCCGCCAGAAACGUCAAAACUCCGAUAUCGGAGGAGGAGGAAGAAGAAGAGGAGGAGGAAGAAGAAGAAGGAGAAGAAGUAGAGGAGGAGAAGAAACCUAGGAUUAAUCUAUCCGAUCAAUCUCGCGACGAGGUCGCGAUCGGGGCGGCGGAUAACAAAUUUAGUACUAAUAAUCACGGCGGCGAAGGGCUGUCAAUCCAGAAUGGUGAAUUUGGAUGGUUUGCUGAUUUCGAGUGCGCGAAUUUUACUAUGUUGGAGAGCCCGAUGCUUGCCGAGGAGAGGAUUAGUACCGACAGCGAGAUGGCGAUGAUUUUCACGAUGGGGGAUCAGGAGGACGAGUCGCUCUUCGCCGAUCUCGGCGAGUUGCCGGAGUGCUCCACCGUGUUCCGCCGUGGGAUGGUGCAGAGAGAGGUGGAGCAGAGGCGGCCGGGAUUGGCAACCACCGGCUGAGACGGCGAUGUGCCGCCUGCCCCGGAUCUGUAUUAUUCGGAGAUAAACUUUUUUCUUUUUCUUUUUUUUUUUAAAUUAUUAAAAAAAAUGUUAGUAUGAGAGAAGGUUCUUUGUAUUUUUAUGUAAUUUUACUAUUUGUCAACAGCGUAGUGGUUAGAGAAAUAAAAACAAUGUUUUGUUUGGCGGGUUGAUGUCAUAAAUUAAAUCUCAUUGUAAUUAACUCCAUUGGUCAUCGGUGUCCAAGUUGCUAUCUUAUGCAUUAUUUCAUCCCA